AUGGCUAUUGUGAUUACUAUGGCAAAGUAUAACGAUAGAGAGCAGCCUGAGUGGAGAUACUCAAUCAAUCUUAACACGAUCAUCGCCGUUUUGGCUACCGUGCUGCGGUCAUGUAUGGUGGUCGUAGCAGAAGAAGUCAUUGGUCAAUUGAAGUGGUUGUUGUUUCGGCGGCCACAGCCUCUCUGGAAUCUUGAGCAUCUUGAUACAGCUGCUCGAGGGCCCUGGGGCUCGCUGCUGCUCUUCUUUCGAACAAGAUCUCUUGAUGCGGCGUUUGUAGGAUGCAUGGUCAUCAUACUAUCAGUCGGCAUCGGACCUUUCUCGCAACAAGCUGUCAAGUCUGUAUCAUGUGAGAGACCUCUAGCGGGAGCAGAAGCAUCCAUCAGGGUUGCCCAGUGGAUGGCCCCCACGAACACAAGUCGAGUCAGAGAGUACAGCUUUAAAACGGACUUGGACAUGGACACCAAGGUUGCCAUCUUGGAUGGACUUGUGAAUCCCAACACGACUCGGUCUGAUAUCAUACCGAGCUGCAGUACUGGCAACUCAUCAAUACUUAACGUCAGCAUUGUCACCUUUACGAAUCACGGCUGCGAGCUCUUGGGACCAGAAGAUGGCUCAAAAUUUCAGCGGUGUCCAGGAGCCGAUGCAAACUGGACACUUCCAAUCAUGAGCUACCUAAAUGCCGUGGCGGUAACAUGCUCAUUCUACUCCUGUGUGCGCGACUAUGCCGGAACUGUCCGCGACACCAUCUUCACCGAGAAAGUCAUAAACGAAACUCCAAUAAAACCAGUCAGAAUCACUAAAAAUAGCCAGACUUACGACUUCAAGGACCUGCACAACCCCUGUAUCAUCGACGGCCAAACAUACACACGCGACAACAUAUCCUCGGUACCAAUCCAAGGCAACAACUUUGCCUCCUACUUCAUAGACGGCGUCAACACAACCUUUCCAAUAGCCUGCAUCUAUGGCCUCAAUAGCGACUACGCACAAAGUCUCGGGCAUUUCAUCGAAUCCAUCAUGAACGGAAACUGCUCCACCGUUCCAAAAUUUGUUCCCGAAUUUUACAAAUACGAGUACAAAUCCCUGAGGUGCGGCCCCUGGCAGCUCGAGGCCCUGGUCAACAAGGGCCUCGCCAGCUUCGACUCCAUCAAUCGCAACAUGCAAUCCGUCGCAACGGCUGCUACGAGCGAUAUGCGUAGAAAGGGGUCUUACUACGACGACCCUCAGUAUAAACUUAAUCCGUCUUACAUUACCCCGCCUAUAUUCGUUACAGGAACGGUUAUGCGCACGACAAGUUGCACAAAGUUCGAUUGGGUGUGGUUGAGUUUCCCGCUUGCGUUGAUCGUCUUAACAACAUUUCUCUUAUGCGUUGCGUGCGGUAAGAUGAUGUUUGAUAAACGAAGAGUUCCGGUGUGGAAGUCGUCGAUUUUGCCCUUGUUGCUGGCGGGCCAUCGGCUGAGAGAUGUGGCUGCUGCGGAGGACAUGGAUGCGAUCAAGGCGAGUACGGAGCGACUGGUCGUGAGCCUUGUGCAGGAUGAGAGAGGAUGGGAGUUUGCGAUUGAGGAUUUCAAGGAUGAGAAGACUAGGGAGGAAUAGGUUUUUUUUUGGAAAGCUGCAUGGCGCGCUAAGUCUGUAAUAGUAUAUACACAUACAAGAAUAUUAGUAUUAAAUUUUAG